AUGCUAUUUGUAAACUUCAUGAUGGCUAGCUAUGCCGUAAGUCUCUUGCAAUUGUAUUUAACGCAGGGUUUAUUACAAUCAUUUGGGCUAUCAUUCGUGAGCUUGCCUGCGUUGACAUUUGUGAGGCUUAGCAGUUGUGGAAGCGGGGUUGGAGAGAUAGUGUUCAACUUAGGAAUGCAAAAAGUAAUUGAAGCUAGAGACUACCAUUGUGCAUUAAGGGCUCAGGCUAUAAUUUGCUGCUGGUCUCACGACUUUCGCAGUUAUUUUAAUACGUAUUUAUUCAAAUCAUCGUAA